AUGCCAAUAACGAGCAAUAUUCAAAAACGUGCUCGAAAAUCAAUUGCACCUGUUCGUCCACAGAUUGUACCACCACCAUCAAUAAAUGCAUCUGUUGAUGGAACAGUAUGCCAUUUAUGUGGUUAUUUAGGUCGAACACGAUCGUUAUCAAUUGAAAAGAAUGGAUAUAGUUUCCUACGUCAUUUACCACCAGCACCUGGUGCUUCGCCAAUCAACGACAAUACACAUCAUAUUCGAGCCUGUCAUCUAUGUGGUUUACUUCUUGAUAAACAACGAGAACUUAGUCAUCAUUCAAAUAAUUUCUUUUUCAAAGGAUUUUUUCGAUCAACUGGUUCAUGUCAUAUUAAUAAUGAAUUAUCAUCAAAAGUAGUACUAAACACUACAGAUGAACCACAACAGUCAUCAGAUAAAGAAGUAACAUCGUCAUCACCAACUCCGAAAUUACCUAUACCUGAAACUGAUGAAUCUAUACAACAAUCAUCAAGAUUAGCACCUCCACCAUUACGUAAAACGACUGCCUCCACAUCGACUUUCCCUGUUGAUCUUCGUUUAACUGAUGAAUUAUCGUCAUUAGAUUCAUUCUUAACAACAAUUCGUUCACGUUUUUUAUCCGAUUAUACAUCUUUAAUAUCUUCAUCAAAACAAACUUCAUAUAAUUCUUGUCAUUUAUGUUUAUCAUUAAAACCUCAUGGUACACUUUAUACCAUAUCGCAAAGUCAAUUUGAAUUUCUUUCAUCAACAGAAAUUGAUGUAUGUACAUUAUGUUAUUAUAAUCUAAUGGAUCAAUAUAAAAAUCAAUGUAAAACUUAUCGUCGUCCACGACCACAAUGUUAUUUAUGUCGUUGUCGAAUAAAUUUUAAUGAUUGUGAAAUAAAAUUAUUAGAAAUCGAACAUUUUCCAUUUUUAUUAAAUUUAUCAAAUGAAAAUCAUCAUCAUCAACAAUUAUAUGAUAAUCAACGUUUAGCACUUGUAUGUGAACAAUGUUUUCAUACAUUACUUUUUCAAUAUAUUGAUCAACAACGACAAAAUAUUCCAAUUCAACAACGAACAUAUACAUGGCAAACAAUCUAUUCCUAUGAAAAUGAACAUUUUUUAAAUAAUUAUGAUCCGAUUUAUAUAUCAAAUAAUAAAACAAUUUAA